CUCCCAUCUCCAUCAAACCCGCGAUACCUCUCCAACAUCCGCAAGAAUGGCCCUUCUCGUAGACAAACAUCGCCCGCGCACUCUCGAAACCCUCUCCUACCACCCCGAGCUGUCUGAACGACUUCGCGCUCUCGCGAACAGCGGCGAUUUCCCACAUCUGCUCAUCUACGGUCCAUCAGGAGCAGGCAAGAAGACACGCAUUACAGCAACAUUGCGCGCUCUGUAUGGCCCGGGAGUUGAGAAGAUUAAGAUAGACAGCAGAGUCUUUCAGACUACCUCCAAUCGCAAGCUGGAAUUCAACAUCGUUUCCUCAAACUAUCACCUGGAGAUCACGCCCUCCGACGUGGGCAACUAUGAUAGAGUGGUCGUGCAGGACCUGUUGAAGGAAGUGGCGCAGACACAACAAGUCGACCUUGCGGCGAAGCAGCGCUUCAAAGUUGUCGUCAUCAAUGAAGCAGAUCAAUUGACGCGAGAUGCGCAAGCGGCAUUGCGUCGGACGAUGGAGAAGUACAGCCCCAACCUUCGCCUGAUUCUAUUGGCGAACAGCACGUCCAACAUUAUCGCACCUAUUCGAUCACGGUGCCUGCUUGUGCGCGUGUCUGCACCCACGGAGGCGGAGAUUUGCGAAGUGCUCGCAAAGGUUGGCAAGGACGAGCGAUAUACGAGCUGCGAGCCGCUAGAGAAGAAGAUCGCGAAGGAGUCGAAGCGAAAUUUGAGGAGAGCACUGCUCAUGUUCGAGGCCAUUCAUGCACAAAACGAGCAGAUAUCAGAAAAGACGCCGAUUCCGCCGCCUGAUUGGGAAGCAUUGAUUGAAGUCAUUGCAAAGGAAAUUAUUGAGGAGCGGAGUCCUGCAAGAAUCUUGCAAGUUCGGGCUAAGCUGUAUGAUCUGUUGACACAUUGCAUUCCCGCUACGACAAUAUUGAAGACUCUCACUUUCAAGCUCAUGCCGAAGCUGGACGACAGCCUGAAGCCUGAGGUAGUCAAGUGGGCGGCCUUCUAUGAGCACCGCAUUCGAAUGGGCUCGAAGGUCAUCUUUCAUUUGGAGGCCUUCGUAACCAAGUUCAUGCGGAUAUAUGAGAUGAACUUCAUGGGAAUGGACCUCGAUGAUGACCUCUUCGACUAAAAUUAAAGCUCUGUCACGCGCGGAUGAUUCCUCAUACACGCGUUGUAUGCACUGUACCAGUAUGCACCUGAUGAGACUUAGCGCGGCGUCUUUUGGUGGUCACAAUGAGGUCAUGCUUGCGAUGAGCUCCAGCUUCAGGUUCCAUUGAAUGCUUCCAUUCUGAGGAUGUUGCAGCUCAACAACGUUUGCACAUCUCAACUGCUGCACACAAGCUAUACCUACCUCAUCACUUUGAAACUCCUGUCGAGAGGACACUGAAGCACACAAUCAGGACAUUCUAUCUGACACACAGCACAUCUCUGGAACAACAUGUCUUCCAGCUUAAUGGACACAGAGAAGGGCGGCGAACAGACUCAGUAUGAGGGCGAGAACUCAGAUGUGAUUCCGAAUUCGAAGUCGACGGGCCAGUUUGGCUCCUCUUCAGACAGAACAACUGAAGAUCCAUCAGCCACGUCAGAGGCUCAGCAGCAGCGAAAGGAGCGCGGCGAGAAGACGGCAGAGAACAUCAGAUAUGGGCAGACGAUUUCGGAAGGCGGCAUGAGCGGGUUCACCACUGGGCAGGGAGGAAGUGGUGGAGAGCAAAGUGGUUAUGGUGGUGUGCAAGGUCAGAGCGAGCAGAGCAGUGGAGGUGCAGAUCGCGUUGCGCAGGGAUACGGCGGAAAGGAGGACCAGAACAGGGAGAUUGGCGCGUAGAUGCGUGGUGCCUCGGACGAAGGGUACUGGACUCAAACUGGUAGGUCAGUGCCAAUGCGCCGCUGCAGAAAAUCGAGAGUUCCACUUCUAUUUACUCUCCGUGCUUCACAUGGGACGGACGGUGUAGGCUUACGCAUCGUCGCUCACGUCUACAUUGGUGCGAUGAGGCGAGACCGACUCGAGCAAUAGGCUAUGCAACGGUACCGCUCGAUGGUAUUGUGCACAUCUGAGGGGUUACAAAUCGUACUGUUGGGUACGCCUUUCGUAAGACCGUGGAAACAUAUUGACUCUGAGAAGAACCGCGGUCCCGAAUCGAUUGUUACCAAUAAUCCGAUACCAUACUCCCUUGCCCACUUCAAUAGUG